CCUUCACCUCCCCCGACCUUCUGCCAUCCACCUCGUCCUUCUUCUCCCCAGCCGACUUCCUUGUCCCAUCGGCCAAUUGACCCAUCUAUCUCUUUGUUCCUCAACUUUAAUAUCAUACUUGCUUUCUUUGCUUUUUAGCCCUUUCUUGAUUCCACUUUCAUAAUGGCUUCUCCUCGUGCAGCUUCUCCCCUAACCUCCGGAGCUGAGUCCGGCCCUGACUCCAAGUCUGCCGGCGCUGGCUCCGGUGCCUCUGCCGUCUCCACCGUCAACCGCCCUUCCUCCCCUACUCCUCCUGGUGGUCCCCGGGCUGCUUUGCGUCGCCGCGCGGCCGCUGACCACAAGGAGUCCCUCCGCAAUGCCCGACCCAGCUCGACCCGCGCUGCCGGUGCCGGUGGUUCUUCUGGCACGAUGCUGAAGCUCUACACCGACGAGAGCCCCGGCUUGAGGGUCGACCCCGUCGUCGUCCUGGUUCUCAGUCUGGGAUUCAUCUUCUCCGUCGUUGGUCUGCACGUCAUCGCCAAGAUCACCCGCAAGUUCUCCUCGUAAAUUAGCCCCCAAACGCCAUCGGUUCACCGUCAGACACUCUGAAACCCGGAUCUUCUUGAUACGCAGCACGCUAUCAAUCGGUAAAUUCCAUCCGGGGCCCGCGAGAUUGGUUGGCCUGGGCUGAAACUCCGACCGAGAGAAUCAGAUCGUCGCAUCAUUUAUCACCUUCGAAAUCAUAUACCCCACCUUGGUGUCCCCCCUUUACCCGUUAUUUUCUGCGUGCGCCGGUGAUGGAGACAUCUUUUCGCAACACACGCAUUUUUGACCCAGCGCGCUUUUGUAUUUUGUCCGGAUUCAUACCUAUCUGCUGCAUAGGAUGGAAAUGGACAUGCUCGAUCAAGCAGAGGAGAAUUCCACAAGGGAAAGACAGAGAAAGAGAGAGAGACUUGGAAUGAAAUGCAUAUGUGUAAUUUUAGUGCUUAUCAAUGAAAACGAGUUCCGACC